AUGGAACGACCUCUUCCAAGGACGGGAUCCAGCGCAUCCCUUGAUUCGACCGGAAAAAGGAAGAGCUUCCGGCGUCUUAUGACGCGGUUUGCGGAGAAGACGUCAAUGGUUGGCGUGCCGUAUAUCAAUACAGCGAGGUUUUGGUGGGCAAAGGUGAUCUGGAGUGUGCUGCUGGUCUGCGCUAUCACGGCCAUGGUUCUCCACCUAUGGUAUCUGUUUGACCAGUGGUAUGGCUGGCCGAAGACAACAAAUGUUGCCCUUGGCUUUUCCCCUUUACGUUUUCCCCAGGUAACCAUUUGUAAUACCAACACUCUCCAUAAAGGCAGAUUGGAUCAUUUCAGUGGUGGUGGGCCACUAAAAAGACUGAUACGUGAUUUAGAACCGGAGAAUUUAGUUCCUGGCCAAUUCACAGACGAUUAUGAUCCGUCAACCGGCAAUCCAACAAAUGUACGUCGUAAACGGUUCGUAAACGAGUACGAAAGUCUGAACAUAACCGAAUAUGAUCAGGAAUACUUUGACGUUCACGAGUUUGACAACGAAGAGAACCCAGACGCGUUCAACGGCACUGUGGACACGGCGUCAGUGCUCCAAGAUCUCUUCAGGAGUCUGUUCAUGGAUAUGGCUAGGAUAAACCGAGAACGCCUUGGACAUCAGAUAUCGGACAUGUUGCUAAGCUGCACAUUCAACGGGCGAACGUGUACUUCGGAAAUGUUCAAGCUGCACCAGACGUCGGAGUACGGAAAUUGUUGGAUUCUAAACGAGGAGCGGUUCGAGGUUUCCCGCGCAGGCCCUGCAGGGGGCCUAUCCUUGGUGCUUUUCCUGGAGUCCAAUGAGUACCUCAAGGGAAUUACGACCGGAUAUGGGGUCCGCGUGCAGGUGCAGAAGCCCGACGCCAUGCCAUUUCCAGCGCAGGAGGGGCUCUAUGUCGCUUCAUCGUUCGAGACGGACAUCGCGCUAAAAUUGUUGGCUAUUGAACGGUUGGGCGGAAACUAUGGCGAAUGCAAUGAAGGAGCUGAGUUUUUGAAGAUGUACAAACGGACAUAUUCUCGCAGGGCCUGUCAGGCUUUCUGUCUGAGUUCUCAAAUCAUCCGCAACUGUGGUUGUUUUGAUGCGAGAGACGAGGAAUUUGCUAUGACGCGAAUAAAUGAGAGCCUUAAAGUUUGCCGAAACAGAACAGAGUUACGUUGCGUCACCAACACUACCCGAAAAUAUGACACCGGGGCGACAUCGUGUUCCUGCUUUAACCCCUGCAAAGAAACUGAGUACACGAAAACUUUGAGUCAAAGACAAUGGCCUACAAAUGAGUAUGCAAGAGUGUUGCUACAGGGCGUGUGUAACCGUGACAAGGCCGUGUGUGCCAAACUCCGAGAACACGUCAACGAUCUCUGGAUCAUCAACAAUAACUUUCUGAAGGUGAAUAUCUACUACGAGGACCUUAAUUUCAACAACGUGACAGAGGAACCGCAGAUCGAGAUUCAACAGUUUUUGUCUGACGUUGGCGGUGCGUUCGGCCUUUGGAUUGGACUCUCUAUUCUCAGUUUUCUCGAAGUUGUUCAACUACUUGUCGAACUCUGUAACUAUUUUGUCGCCAAAACAUGCAAAGAACGCCGUGGCAGGCGGGAAAACGAUCGUCGGGGUAACUUGAGCAACAACAUUGGUUUUCAUAGUGAUGACAAAGGGCACGGUGACAAACCAGUUGGCUACGAACAUGAUGACCAUCGACGAAAUGACAACGGCCGAUUCCGGCCUACUUUUGAUGACGAUCGGGGUCACCACGCGCACUUAUCAGCGUAUGAUGCUCGGUUCCUCAAUCAGGGGCGUAACGGUCCGUUUAACAACGAGUAUGACAGAUACAGUGGCCGGAACCAUUCAGACCCGGAAAGUGGUCACAGCCCCCGUAAAAAUGACCAUGGACGACACGGGGAUGGCGACUUCCUGCCCAGGUUUCACACGCCCUCGCCUAGAGAUGAUAUAUACCGGACACGUUAUAAUGGCCUGGAUCCAAGAGGCGGACGCUGA